AACAAAACUGAUUAUCUCCGCCCAAACACGUGGCCCAAUGUCAACGGAUUUGGGCCCACCGGAAAGCCCAGCCACCACCUCUCUUAGUCUUAUCAACCUCCGCCACUUUUCGGCCUGCGCCGUCGUCGCAGCAGCCAUUCAUGGCGGUUAUUCUCGGUAACGGACCUUCUUCAGUCCUCGCUCUCCCGCGCCCGCCGCGCCGCUCCGCCAACAACCGGCGACUGCAUUUCGGCCGUUCAAUUAACCGUUCCAGAAUUCUCUCCGGCAAUGCCAAAAUCUUAUCCAAAUCAUCGCGUUCUCGGAUCUGUAGCUCUCAACGUGAUGGUGCAGAAAAAUCUGAUGCUGUUCCAGAGGAUCCAGUUAGGUUUUCUGUUGAUAAUGCUGCUGGAAGCUUAGAUGACAAAAUGGGUGGUAGUGGUAGUGGAAGUUCGUUUCUUUCGAAAUUAGGGAUAGUUUUGGGGAUAGCUGCUGUGAUUACAUUGGUACUAAUUGGUGUGAAGCCCCCAAAUCUGGGAACAUCAAUUGGGAUUCAGUUUCUGCGAGAUGGAACCUCUUCCACUUUGGUCUCGCCUUCUGCUGCUUUUAGUUUCCGCGCUUUUGGGUUUACAGUAUUGCUACCAGAAUAUGCCCCGGGAUGGAUCUACUUUUGGUUGCUUAUGGCUGCAGGGUGCGGACUGUUUAUAAGUGAAGAGGCGUUGAAUAUAUGGGUUGGUGUAACCUUGGCAAGAUUAAUUUGUUUGGAUGGGACAUGGAAAUCUCUAGUGGAUUCCUUUUCUAGAAAUGCUCCAUACAUCUUUUCCACUGUUUUGUGGGUAUACUGGGGCGUUUGCAUCAGUGAUAUGAUACCAUUUUACUUUGGAAAAAUGUUCAGACAAUCCAGCGCAUCUGAUGAUGUUCUUUCAAAGUUAGGGGUUGGUGAAGAGAAAGCUAAGGAAAUUUCGAGCACUGUACAAAGAUAUGGGAAUCUUAUUGGAUUCGUGGAACGAUUUUCUCUUGGAGUAAGAAACCCCACAGCUUUUCUUGCUGGGGCAAUGGGUAUAUCACCAGAAUGUUUCUUUGCCGGUGUCUGCUGUGGUGGACUCAUAACUCUUCCAGUACAGUUGGUAAUUGGAUUCUUGCUACGAGAACGUCCAGUCUUUGCACUUGCAACUGUCGCCACGGUAGUGGGAAUUUGGACUGUGUUUCCAUAUGCUUUGGCUGUUCUGACAGCACUAAUCCUCUAUCUGCGAAGUCGCUACUCAAGUUAGUUAUGCUCGUUUUUUGGCUUUGCGUACAUAUCUUGGGGGUGGACAGACGAGACGAGCAAGCAAACCAUGCUCGUGGCAGAUCUCAAUCAUCAGUUGAGCUCAAUCGUUGGUAGGCAGUAUCGUGAUUAGUUGAAAGGAGAUUACUCUUGUUUCACUAUUCUCUUGAAGCAGCUGUAUAAUGCAAAAGAUGAAUAUUUAUUGUAACAGUUUGCAGAGUGCAGAAAUACGAAUUCCACAUAACUUGGCCUCCA